GGUCAAUCAUAUGAACAUACAUACACCUUUAUUCCUUGGUAAUACAAGUGUGGUUGUGUCACUGAUGUCCAGCACGACUAUAAAAAGAUACGGACAACUCAUAAACCUCAACAGUCAGUUUCUCAAUUAACAUUUUUCAUGUGACCUGUGAGCUUUGAUUAAAUUACGUAUACAAAAUUUUAACAUGUGGAAUUAUUUUACAUAUCAAACAGGGUAACGUUAUUUGUGUGAGUCAUUAGUACCACAUUACAAAAAAAAAUAAUUUCAGCAUCUUAAUCAACAUAUGUCAUGAGAGUCAAGACGAGUCGUGGUCAUCGUACCACUACUUUUAGCAAGAAGUGUCAUUUUUAGUUUCUCUCCAGAUAAGUGAACCCUUCCUUAUACGUCAAGGAAAUUCCUUUCGCAGCUCGUACCACAUAUUUACAUCGUAUUUGCCUUAUAUAUGUAUCACAUUGUUUCUUAUUACAUAAAAUGGAGUAAUCUUGAGGAAACAGUGAUCAUUUCGCAAAAGGCACCAUCCUCGGUCGCCAAUUUUUUAACGCAACGUAAACUAUUCUAAGUUCUUAACAAGUGUGACACAAAUAGGAAACCAAUUUUCUCGCAGUGACCAUGAGUUGGUUGAAAAAAGUAACGGUUGAACCUGCCAUGUUUUUACAACAAGCUGGGGAUACUCUCACCUACGUCAUAUUUCAAAACCUCUUUAUUGAUAAGAUCUGCAAAGUACAAUUAAAAUACGAUGACGCAGUUUGUAAAUUUUACGAGUCUGUGAACGGUGAGCUAACUCCAGAUCAGGAAUGGUUGAAACCAAUAAUGAAUCAAAUUCAGGAAAAAUCGUCCAACUUCCUGCUUUAUAAUUCCCUCGUGGAGAAUUCACUGCCGGUGCUUCUGGUCUUAUUUCUGGGCGUGUGGAGCGAUUCGACGCGGAGGAGGAAGCCCUGUUUGAUGCUCUCACUCCUCGGAAAACUCUUCCGGUCGAUUGGACUCCUUGCCAAUGCCUAUUUCAUUCACUGGGACCCCGUCGUCCUUCUCUUCAUGGUCUCACUUCCGCAUAGUAUUGGGGGAGCAAAUGGGGUGUUCCACAUGGCUGCAUUCAGCUACAUCGCGGACUCGAGCGUUCCUCGGAGUCGGACGUGGAGACUGGGUGUGGCAGAAGCUUGUUGGGCCCUUGGUUCACCCGUUGGGCUAUUCUUGGGAGCAUAUCUUUUCGAAAUGGGCGGUUAUCUAUGCGUCUUCUCAGCCGCAGUUUGCUUCCAUGCCAUCUCGGUCAUCUACACGGGAUUCUUCCUGCCAGAAGUCCCACAACCCAAGGUGUCCGUCUAUUCCAUAGGCAAGUAUGGCUACGGCUCCUAUGGCACCAUCACCGACGCCAUCCCCUCCAGAAUUAGGUGCUUCAGUGAAAACGCCAAGACGGACUUUGAAUCGGGAUCGGAUGAAGCAGAGUCCUUGGUCAAUCCGUCCUACUAUCAAAAUGGUGACCAGAACACCCUGGUAGCACCACCUCCACCUUAUCAACAGCUCCCACCCCCACACUAUUAUCACCAACAACAGCCACAGUGUAACAACAACAUUUCCAUGUCUGUGGAUCCCUCCGGAGUGAAAGACUUUUUGGUGGGCUCAUUACGAGCCAUUGUGAAGAAAAGGCCGAAUCAUACAAGAAAAUGCCUGUUGUCUCUUGGAUUAAUUAUGCUGCUCUAUGGAAUAAUGUACCACGGUGAAGUGAACAUGAAGUAUCUGUUUACGCGGAAUAAGUUCCAAUGGAGAGAGCAGCAGUUUAGCUUGUGGACUAUUUUCGAAAGUUCCGUCGUAGUAGCCGGACUCACAUUGGUUUUACCAAUAUUCAGCAAACUGCUAAAAUUUUCAGACCCAUUAUCCGGAGCAAUUGCCGCCAUAGGAAGGUUGGCGUCAAGGUUAUGCAUAGCCCUAGCACCUUCUUCGUCCUUCUUGUAUUAUGGAUCUGCCAUCGACAUAACUGGAGUGAUUGGACCUUUGUCCGGACGAUCUUUAGCGUCCAAGUGUGUUCUUCGAGACGAGCGAGGAAAGGUUUUCGCCUUUUUGGGAUGCAUAGAGGCAAUUGUCCCAUUAAUUGCAGUUCCCUUGUACUCCAUGAUCUACACCAACACCCUGAGCUCGGCCCCCUCCACCAUUUACUUUGUCUCGUGUAUUUUGUGUCUCAUUAUUUUUCUCAUAUUCAGUGUCCUUUUUAUAUCGGCCAAGUUGAAGAUAAUCGAGUUGAGUGGGACGGACACAUCUUCGCUGACGGAGCGGCCGGACGGGGAGGCACUGUUCGACCACACCUACCGAAGAUUUAGCCUCUCUUAGCGAUGCGACCGCUAAAUUUCCCUGUCUCAAAUUUUAUUGCUAGUCUGUCGCAUGAAUGACAAGUUAUUUUGCAAUGUUAUUUCAUAUGUCAUAUGUGAUAUGUUUUCUAAUAUUUAUCAAAUUAUUAUAUUAACUAACAGAGUUAUGCUGGUUAAUCGAAUUUUAGAUUUUGUGAUGAUAUUAUUGUAGUAAAUCACGGAAUUAUACGAAUGAUAAAGAAAAUGAAACGAUAAGAUGCUUA